CAGCAACCACACCACACAUUGCAUUACCACAACAACAGCGCGAACAAGAGAAGCGCAGGACAAGAAGCUAGCAGCAGCAGCAGCACACACGCGGCGACCAAGACGAAAUGGGCCUGUGUGUCUCGUACGACGCGGCUGCCGACGGCCCGGCGACCGCGAGGGUGGUGCUCCCCAGCGGCGAGCUCCGGGAGUACUCGCCGCCCGCAACGGCAGCGCUGGCGCUUGAGGAGGUGGGGCACCAGGAGUGGUUCGUCUGCGACGCCGACGCGAUGGGGUUUGAGGGCUCCGUCGCGGCGGUGGCCAGCGGCGAGGCGCUCCGGCGGGGGCAGAUCUACUUCGUGCUCCCGAGCGACAUGCUGCGCCGCCGCCUCGCCCCCGAGGAGGUGGCAUCGCUCGCCGUCAAGGCCAGCGCCGCCCUCGUCAAGGCCGCCACUGCCUCAUCAGCCGGCGGCCGGCGCCGGCGAGGCUCCGUGGCGCCGCUCGUGUUCGCGCCGUCCGAGGAGGACUACUCGGCCGAGGAUAGGUUCACUUUGGCGACGUUCGCGGUGAAGCCGACGGUGGCGCAGAAACGGAGGGUGGCGUACCGAGGCGGCAGGUCACCGCCGCGGUUCUCGCCCGACUUAACCGCCAUUCUGGAGAGCGAGUAGAGGUGCAGGGCACACGAGACUGCCAGAAAAAAAAAGGGGGGCAUUUUUGCACAUAGCCCUGCCUUGCCUGGCCGCGACUGCGACUGAGGCGUUGGCCCGGCCGCUGAUGCUAGAUCGGACGGCGAAGAUGCGGAGAUAGCCGCGGCACAUCCUUGUGGAUAUGUGGAGUUAGUUUCUCAGAGUCAGAGACUCAGAGUGGUAGAAGUAGAACUAGUCGUGUCUUCGGCGUAAUCGGUUAGUACGUCAGAAGCACUGUAUAAAUAUUGCACAUACAGAUAUGUCAAUGUAAUGUAAAUAUUGCACCUAUGAAAAAAUAUACUCCUUCCGUCUCAAAAUAAGUGUCUGAAUUUUGUG